AUCAUUAGAAAAGAGAACAAAUCAAAACUCGAAAGGCACUGAUCAAAAUCAAAUCUAGUUUCUGCGAGCCUACUGUUGAAUUUCGAAAUCGAAGAAUCGAAUGCAAGGCAUGGAGCUACAGAACACUGUGAAAGAAGCCUUAAACGCACUGUACCAUCACCCCGACGAUGCGGUGCGUAUGCAAGCCGAUCGCUGGUUACAAGAUUUUCAACGCACUAUCGAUGCUUGGCAGGUUGCUGACAAUUUGCUGCAUGAUGCCACAAGCAAUCCAGAGACUUUAAUAUUUUGUUCACAGACUCUUAGAAGCAAGGUACAACGCGAUUUUGAAGAAUUACCAUCUGAAGCUUUUUUCCAAUUAAGGAAUUCCUUAAAUAAUUUGUUGAAAAAGUUUCAUAAAGGGCCUCCCAUUGUUCGGACUCAGAUUAGCAUUGCAGUUGCUGCUUUGGCUGUACAUGUUCCUGCAAAAGACUGGGGAGAUGGUGGUAUUGUCAAUUGGCUUCGGGAUGAGAUGAACUCUCAUCCAGAAUUUGUCCCUGGAUUUUUGGAGCUACUUACUGUCUUGCCUGAGGAAGCAUUCAACUACAAGAUAGCAGCUCGUCCGGAACGACGACGCCAUUUUGAAAAAGAGCUCGCUGCUCAAAUGGAAAUUGCUCUUAAUAUACUGACAGCUUGCUUAAAUAUAAGUGAAUUGAAAGAGCAGGUUCUUGAGGCAUUUUCUUCUUGGCUUCGACUAAAGCAUGGGAUCCCUGGAUCUGUGCUUGCAACUCACCCAUUGGUGCUAACUGCUCUUUCAAGCUUGAACUCUGAUAUACUUUCAGAGGCAUCUGUAAAUGUUGUUUCUGAAUUGAUACACUACACAGCAUCAAAAAGCUCUGGCGGUGUUUCUGUACAGGGACCAUUAAUUCAAGUAAUUGUGCCUCACGUUAUGAAUCUGCAGGCACAGCUUAGAGAUUCUUCAAAGGAUGAGGAAGAUGUGAAAGCCAUUGCUCGACUAUUUGCAGACAUGGGUGAUUCAUAUGUCGAACUGAUUGCAACUGGAUCCAGUGAAGCAAUGAUGAUAGUGAAUGCUUUGCUGGAAGUUGCUUCCCAUCCAGAAUAUGAUAUUGCUUCAAUGACCUUUAAUUUUUGGCACAGUCUUCAGGUUAUUUUGACAAAAAGGAAUUCCAACAUUUCAUUUGGUGAUGAAGCAUCCAUUGAAGCUGAGAGAAACCAGAGGCUUCAAGUUUUUCGUCAAUCAUACGAGUCUCUUGUAUCCUUGGUGGGUAUGCUACUCCGAGUUCAAUAUCCCCAAGCCUAUCAAGAUCUUUCAUAUGAGGAUCUCAAGGAAUUCAAACAUACAAGAUAUGCUGUUGCGGAUGUGUUAACAGAUGCGGCAUCAGUUUUAGGCGGCGAUGCAACGCUGCAAAUUCUUUACAUGAAGCUAUUAGAGGCCGUAUCUUGCUGUGGAAAUGAACAAAGUGAAUGGCGUCCAGCUGAGGCUGCUUUAUUCUGCAUUCGAGCUAUAUCAAGUUAUGUGUCGGUCGUUGAAACAAACGUAAUGCCUCAGGUUAUGGAUCUGCUUCCGAAACUGCCUCAUCAGCCGCAGCUACUCCAAACGGUUUGUUUAAUAAUUGGAGCAUUUUCUAAGUGGCUUGAUGCUGCACCAAGUGGUUUCUCUAAGUUGCCUUUGGUGAUUGAUAUUCUCAUGAGUGGGAUGCGUACCUCUGAAGAUUCUGCUGCAGCUGCUGCUUUGGCAUUUAGACACAUCUGUGAUGAUUGCCGUAAAAAGCUUUCUACAUAUUGUAAAGAGCUUUUCCAUAUAUACUAUACAGCAGUUAAUGGUGAAGGUAGUUUUAAGGGCUCUGCUGAAGAUUCAUUACACUUAGUUGAAGCUUUGAGCAUGGUUAUUACUGAACUUCCACCAGAGCCUGCUAAGGCUGCUUUGGAGGAACUAUGCGCUUCAGUUAUUACUCCUUUACAGGCUGUUAUUAACCAAGGUCCAGAAGUUUUAGAGAAGAAACAUGCUCGUGAAUUAACAGUUCACAUAGAUCGAUUUGCUUAUAUCUUCCGGUAUGUAAAUCAUCCUGAAGCAGUUGCUGAUUCAGUUCACAGGCUUUGGCCAAUAUUCAAAGCCAUAUUUGAUCUUCGCGCUUGGGACAUGAGGACCAUGGAGUCUCUUUGCCGUACUUGCAAAUAUGCUGUGAGAACUUCUGGAAGGUUUAUGGGAACAACAAUUGGAGCAAUGCUUGAAGAAAUCCAAGGCCUGUAUCAACAACACCACCAGCCGUGCUUCCUUUAUCUCUCUAGUGAAGUUAUAAAGAUAUUUGGCUCUGAUCCUUCUUGUGCAAGUUACCUAAAAAAUAUGAUUGAAGUGCUCUUCAAGCACACAGCGUCCCUUCUCACGAGUAUUAAGGAAUUCACUACAAGACCAGACAUCGCAGAUGAUUGUUUUCUACUGGCAUCAAGAUGCAUUCGUUAUUGUCCUCAAUUAUUUAUCCCUUCUGCUGUAUUUCCGGCUUUAAUAGAUUGUGCGAUGAUUGGUAUCACAGUACAGCACAGAGAGGCCUCCAAUUCCGUUUUAACCUUCUUGUCUGAUAUCUUUGAUCUAGCAAAGUCUAGCAAGGGACAACAGUAUUUAUCUAUCAGGGAUAGUCUCAUUAUUCCGCGAGGUGCUACCAUUACUAGAAUAUUGGUGGCCGCCCUAACAGGAGCACUGCCUAAUUCUCGAUUAGAAACGGUAGCAUAUGCACUUCUAGCUUUAACUCGAGCAUACGGCAUGCAAGCUCUGGAAUGGGCUAGGGAAAGUGUGUCAUUGAUCCCAUUGACUGCUGUGAAGGAAGUGGAGCGCUUGAGAUUUUUGCAAGGAUUGUCAGAGGCAGCCUCCGGGGCUGAUGUGAAUACCGUGAUACUCUCAGUUGAAGAGUUAUCUGAUGUUUGUCGUCGUAAUCGAACAGUUCAAGAGAUUGUUCAGGGAGCAUUGAAGCCACUCGAGUUGAAUUUGGUACCUGUAUUAUAGUUUGAAUAUUGGAGGGGGCUGUUUUGCUUAGGCCUCACGUCUUGUUUAUUAGGCAAAUUGGAUUUAACUGGAAACCGGUAUUUUUCCGUUUUUAUUCUUUCAUUUUCGUGUCGAUCUUCAAUCGCCGAAUUCCGACCUGUUUUUAAGGUUCGGAAUUGGCAUUUCCUUUGUGUUAUUUGUUGUAUCUGUUUUUUGGUUAAAGAUUUGUGGAGUUUUAAGUUGUCUUUGAUGGCAUUGGCUUCUAU